UCCAAUCCAUCAGAUCCAUAUUUUUCAAAUUCUUCAUUAAGGCCUACGGUUUGAGGAUAUCUUCAUGGAAGUUCUCCGAAGAUUUGCAAAUUCUUCCCAAUUCAAAAGAUUUGCAAUGUCAAAAUAUGGCUUGUCAUUAAGUUCUUAUGAGGUUGGAAAUAUUAUUGAAGAUUCUAAAUCAGUUGAGGAAAGAAACCUUGAGAUGCUUUGGCUUUGGAAGCAUAAGAAUGAAGAAAUUGCAACUACACAAAGAGUUCAAAAACUCGUUGAUGAUUUUUUGAACGAAAGUAGCGACGAUGAAUCUGAGGAGGAUGAACCGGGUGCAUGUGGUGGUGUUCCUCUAUUUGAACCCCAGUCAACACGCGUGCCAGAAUUCAAUAAAGCAACAGAACACAAUAUUUCAACAGUUAAUACCACAGAAAAACAAACUGAUGAAAAAAAAGAUAUGAAGACACAUGAGAGUAAUGAGUCUGAUGAAGUCAAUGAAUUUAAAAGAAUCGUUAAUUUAUCAACCAAGAACACCGUGACUUAUUCUUUUAAAAGAAAAAAUCUAGCGACUAUAGAUUUUGAUGUCAGCCCAGAAACUAGAAAAAUUGAUUUUUAUGGAACAACAGUUAAAGAAACAGAAUACAAGCCAGAGCUUGGUUUCAGUCAACAAACACAACAUCAGCCUGGCCUUGGAUGCAAACGUGAGAAUUUUUUUCAAAGCCCUGUUGAAGCUGCUAUACAUCGAGUUGUUAUUAUUGGUGGUGCAGGAUAUGGCAAAACAGAAAUGCUGAACGGAUAUGCUGGAGAUGUUAUGGACCAAAAUAUUCCACUCCUAGCAAAAGUUGAAGUCGUUCUUCAUAGAAACUUUAGAGACUUAGAAGUACAUGGAAAAAUAAGUCCUGGAAAAUUUUUAUUUGGACACCUGGACAUGAGUGAUGACAUAACUGAAGUUGGUGUUGAUUGGAUUAGAAAAAAUCCUUCAAAGUUUCUCCUUGUUCUUGAUGGGGCUGAUCAGUAUUCAUUACCUGAUCAACUUGGAAAACACAGUAGAAAUAUAAACCAUACCCAAGAAGCUGAUCCUAAGCUUAUUCUUAAUAGCAUCUUAUCUGGUGACUUGUUUCCAGGCAUUUACAUUCUUUACUCUUCCCGUGAGCAUGCCAUUCGUUUCUUCGAAGGGAAAACACGUGCACAAAAAGUUAUUGCCUUAGCAGGAUUCAAUAAAGAAAAUGUGGAAAAACUUGUUCGAGGUUUCAGUGGUGAACGAACAGAUGAAAUCAUGAGCCAUCUUGAAAUGAAUUCUCCUCAAUUACUUUCACUUUGCUCUAUUCCAAUGUUUUUGAUUUUUACUGUGACUAUUCUUCUAAGAUACAAAGAUAAAAAACCAGAAACAUUAACUGAAGUUCUCAUGCUUGUGCUACAAGAUUCUUUUAAAUCAGAACAUAUCACAAUCGAUCAAAGCAAAACAGGUUUAACAAUCUAUGAUGUCAUGAACAAGUUGAAGGAAAUGUCAUAUAACGGUACUAAGAAUAAAAGAGUAACUUUCACAAAAUCGGAUUUACCCAAUGGACUAACGGCAGAGCAUUUCAAAGACAUUCUCAUAACAAUUCCUGGCUCGGUAGGAGAAAACCAGAAGCUGGUUGAAGGACAUUUUAUAUUUCUGAUGCAACAUCAGUCUUUGCAAGAAGCCCUUACAGCCCUUUUUAUUGCUGAAAUGUCUUUGCGCAAAUUCAAAAGGUUCGUUUCUGAUCAAUUAUAUGAACCACACUGGGUAGUUGUCCGCAGAAUUUUAUUUGGAGUUAUUGUUAAUCCUAAAACUUCAAAACUUGCUGCUGGAAUUGAUUCAAAAGUUGGAAUUUUUCAAGGCAGAAAUGUGGAAGAAAAAAAGCAAAUUUUAUUGUCAAGUAUCAAACAAUUGGCUAAACCAGGAUGGUUUAAACGAAAAUACAAAAAAAUUAAAAGAGUACAAGACGAAGAGCUUGUUGAGCUCAUUCACACGGUCAAUGAAUGUGGUGAAGCAGCUAAAAACGUCAUAAAAUCAUCUUUCCAAAAAAUCAAUAUUUUAGAUUCGUUUCUCACGAGAAGUGAUGUUUUUGCCUUGUCAUCCGUUGUAGGUCGUUGCUCAUUUAUACAGGAAUUAAAGGUUCAUUUAUCAAUUGAUGAUCUUGAAGUUAUGUGCUCUGUCUUCGAACGAUGCAAUGUCAAGAUCAAAAGAAUGAUUUUGCAAACAAACCUGGCUACUGGUGUGGUUUUAUAUGAUUAUGAAGCCAUCCAGAUCACCGGAUUGCUACCAUGUGUUAUGGAAUUGCUUGUGAUCAACUGCUGUAUAACAUCAUGUAAAGAAAUGUUUCAAGAAAAACUGAAUGCUCUACCUGAUUCGAAUCUACAGAUCAUAUCCAAUCUGGGUGGACAUAUUUGGUUGGAACUUCGACCAGGAUCUUCUAAUGAGAUGUUGGACGGAGCCACAUAUGAGAUACUAAAAAAAGAUCUUAUACUCUUAGAAGACUGAAUGUAAUGGACAAAUACGGUACAAGAUGCAGAUGCGUACAAACAGUUCUACAUGUGUUAUUUGGCAUGAAGUUGUCAAGAUCAAAGUUACUCUGAAAACAAUGCAAAAACCUAUCUUGACCAGUGGCGAUCUGUUAAGUGCACAUACUCCUAUCCUGUUGCAUCUUUUCCGCUGGUUCAUUAAUCGGUAUUCUGUAAUUUUGAGAUCUUUACAUGCAGCACUGCAUCAGGACUGACCCUAGUCCUGGUACUCUAUUUUUAUGAAAUUUAUGUUUUAAUUCCACUACCAUCCUGCUCCUCUGUUAUUUCAGAUUUCUGUGGUCGUUAUAUAAGUCUGUAAAAUAUUGUUUUGCAAUCAGCAUUAUAUGAGAAAAAAAUACACACUCUAGUUCUUACAUAACCCUAAAAUCAUUUUUGGUUUAUGCAACUUCGAUGGGCAACCGAUGUAACUGAGAAGGGGACAGAUCAAUUGUAUUGGUAUGCCAUAAACGUUGUGACAGCUUUUUGCCAGUAGCUGCAUGUCAGUAUUUUAUAAUAGUUCACUUAAUGCUGGUUUUAUUAUCAUUUUUUAACACUAAAAUGUUGGAAUGUUUUGUGCAUUAAUCCGUAACUUGGCGGGUCAGUGGUCCCAUACCACUACACUACACUACAUUUAUUCCUAUAACGUUUUUUACUUCGAUGUGAUGUCUUAUUAAUCUUUUUUUUAAUUUGAAUAUUUUAAUUAAUGUCACAGUGAUUAGCAUCCCGUUUGAUUAUCUUGUAUAUUUGUUUUGAACAAUAAUUAAAACAUUAAUAAUAUAAUAUCCAUG